AUGAAGACUUCGGUCUACCUCUUGAACCUGCAGCAAGCCCCCGGCGAGUCACUACGCUCCUACGUGCAGAGGUUCAAUGAGAAGAACGUGCAGAUACCUGAUCAGCAUGAGCAGGUAACCAUAGCUACCUUCACCAAUGGGCUGAUCGCGGGACUCUUCAAUACUGAGAUACACCGGGAUUACCCCCGCACGCUUCGGGAACUCUGGGAUCGAGUAGAUCAGGGGAUCCGGAGUGAAGAUCUAAACCGCAUGAAGCGAGAGGCUCAAGCCACUCGUACCGAGCAAGAUUCCCGGAGGAAAAAGGAUGCCAGCCGGGUCGAACAAGGGCCCAGCGGAUCGUCGGGUCAGUUCCGAGACCGCCGAAGUGUCUUCGACCGGAUUGUAAAAGGCAGGUCGUCCACCUCGGACGCCGAGCUGACGCCUCUCAAUUCCAGCCGGACCCAUGUCCUGGCUGUGAUGAGGCAGAAUCACCUCGGUCGAAACCCUCCUGAAAUUCCGGGGAGGAGAGAUAAGAGGAACUCAAACCUCUAUUGUGCCUACCACCGGGAUGUUGGGCACGAGACUGAAGAUUGCAAUGAUCUGAAACGAGAGAUCGAGAAUUUGAUCCGGCAAGGAUACCUGAAGCAAUUCGUCCGCAAGGAUGGAGCUAUCAACCGAAGUGCCUCCCACCGGGAGAACCGGGGCCCCCGCCGGGACGACCGGCGGGACACGAACAUGCAUUGCCGAGGUCCCGAGGAUCGUAGGGAGGACAAGCAGCCUCCACGCGACGGAUCACCGGGCUACGGCCCCAACAUCGCUGGGGUGAUCAACACGAUCGCGGGAGGACCAACGGGAGGAGACAUCCAGAACUCUCGGAAGCGAACCUACCGCCAGGCCGGGAUGGAGGUGGCCGAGCCGAGCUCCCGGUUGUCCGAGGUCAUCACCUAUGGUCCCACUGACCCCGUCCCCGCCGCUUCCAGCAACCACGAAGCCCUCGUGAUCGAGGUCCUCACCAACAACUACAUAGUCAAAAAGGUCUAUGUUGACCCCGGAAGCUCGGUAGACGUCUUGUACUACCGAACCUUCGAGAGUUUGAAACUGACCAGGGAGCAACUCACUCCAGUCAGAACUCCCCUCGUUGGAUUUGGGGGACACGUCGUCCACUCGGAGGGCAUGGUGACCCUGAUGGUAACGAUUGGGCGUCAUUCACGCUGCCGAACUGUGCCUGUCAGUUUUGCGAUGGUCAAAGCAGACUCUCCCUACAACAUGCUGAUAGGCCGGCCUACGCUCAACGCCUUGAGAGCCGUAUACUCCACCUACCACCUGAGCUUUAAGUUCCCAACACCUGAGGGGGUGGCCGAGGUGAGCAGCGACGUGGGCGCCGCCCGGAAAUGCUACCUCGCCACCAUUCAAGCGGCAGUCACACCCCGGCCCUCGCCGAGGUCAGAAGAAAAGAGGCCCGCGAUCCUCUCCAUAGACUGCAUCGACCCUCAGGAGGCAGGAGAGCCCAACAGACUUGAGCCCGGGGAUGAGGUGGAACACGUGGUCUUGGAUGAAGCGAAACCUGACCAAGUGGUCCAAGUAGGGGCCGGACUCCCCUCGCCCCUGAAAGAAGAAAUGAUCUCCCUGAUCAAGGACCACCGAGACGUCUUCGCGUGGUCCGCAGAUGAAGUGGUCGGAGUGCCACCCGAGCUCAUGAUUCAUCAACUCAACGUUAACCCACAGGCCCGACCUGUGCGGCAGAAACGAAGGCACUUCGGUCCCGAACGUAGCAAGGCCAUAUCGGAUGAGGUCGACAAGCUCCUGCCCGCUAAAAUGAUUCAUGAAGUCCAAUACCCCACCUGGCUGUCCAACCCAGUCAUGGUCAAAAAGGACACCGGUGGUUGGAGGAUGUGUGUGGACUUCACAGACCUCAACAAGGCCUGCCCCAAAGAUUGCUAUCCUCUGCCAAGGAUAGACGCCCUAGUCGAUUCGGCGAUGGGACAUGAGAUCCUCUGCUUCCUGGAUGCCUUCAAAGGGUAUCAUCAAAUAGGAAUGAGUGAGGAGGACCAAGAGAAAACGGCAUUCUACACCGACCAAGGUGUCUACUGCUAUACCACCAUGCCGUUCGGGCUAAAAAACGCCGGGGCGACCUAUCAAAGGUUGAUCAACCGCCUCUUCAAGGAUCAGAUCGGCCGAAAUGUGGAAGCCUAUGUGGACGACAUUCUCGUCAAAAGCUUAACCACUUCGGCCUUCCUGUCGGAUGUGAGGGAGGUCUUCGGCGUCCUCCGCAACUCGAGGAUGAAGUUAAACCCCAAGAAAUGCGUCUUUGGCGUCACCUCAGGAAAGUUCCUGGGGUAUUUGGUUUCCCACCGGGGAAUCAAGGCCAACCCCGACAAGGUCAAGGCCAUUCAAGAUAUGUGCCCACCUCGGAACCUUCGAGAAGUCCAGCGACUGAACGGACGCCUGGCUGCGCUGAACCGCUUCCUAUCCCAGUCCGCAGAAAAAGCUUUGCCCUUUUUCAAGGUGCUUAAGAAGGCCGAUCAAUUUGCCUGGACUGAGGAGUGCCAGGCUGCCUUCGACAAGCUGAAGCAGUACCUGCACCACCUACCCACCCUCGCUUCAUCUCGGCCCGAGGAGAAGCUGUACCUCUACCUCUCCGCAGCGGACGAGGCUGUCAGCGCUGUGCUCAUCCGGGAUGAGGGCACUCAAGUGCCAGUCUACUAUGUCAGCCGAGCUCUCCGUGGGCCGGAGACUCGAUACACUCAAGUGGAAAAACUUGUGCUAGGACUAGUUCACGCCUCCCGACGGCUGAAACCCUAUUUCUUAGCUCAUCCCAUCUCCGUCAGGACCGACCAGCCCCUCCGACAGAUACUGCUGCGGCCCGAGGCCUCCGGGCGCCUCACUAAGUGGGCCGUUGAGUUGGGGAAGUACGACCUGUCGUAUGAGCCGCGCACCGCCAUAAAAGCUCAAGCCUUAGCCGAUUUCUUGAGCUCACCUUCAGUCGAGAAUCCACCUCCGUCAAAGUGUCCACCUCCCCACUGUGGACUGUAUGUGGACGGAUCCUCUAAUGGAUAUGGCAGUGGAGCAGGACUGCUCCUGGAGGGCCCCCAGGGGGAAGUGUGCUCGUAUGCCCUCCGCUUUGACUUCCCGGCCACCAACAAUGAAGUCGAGUAUGAGGCCUUGAUCGCAGGACUCCAACUAGCCCGCAGGCUUGGUGCACAGCGGAUACACGUCCGCAGCGACUCUCAACUCGUAGUCUACCAAGUCAUUGGUGAGUAUGAGGCCAAGGACGAAACCAUGCAACGGUAUCUGUCCAAAGUCCACCAACUCAUCGCGUACUUCGAAUCUUUCGAAAUCCAAAGAAUUCCCCACUCCCAGAAUAGGCGGGCCGACGCCAUAUCCCGGUUGGCUUCCACCUCAUUUUCUGACCUCAACAAGACAGUCUUAGUGGAAGUCCUGAAUGAACCGGGAUACAUGGAAGAGGUGGCCUGCCCUGUGCAUUCUGAGGAUACUUGGAUGACCCCGUUCAUUCUCUUCUUGGGUCAGGGAACCCUUCCCGAAGACCGAGCCGAGGCGAGGAAGAUACAACGCAAGGCUGCUCGGUAUGCUCUCCGCGAUGGGGAACUGUAUAAGCGUUCCUACCUCGGCCCGUGGCUGAGGUGUGUCACCCCCGAGACAGGACGCCAUGUCCUCCACGAGAUCCACGAAGGCCUGUGUGGAGCUCACGUCGGCCACAGAAUGCUAGCCAAGAAGGCUUUGCUUCUUGGAUAUUUCUGGCCCUCUGUUCGACAAGAUGCUCAAAAUCUUGUUCUCAACUGCCCAUCCUGCCAAGCCCACGCCCCUGAGCUUCACCAACCCUCGAACUUCAUGUGGGUUGAAGCCGAGCCUCUACGGACCAUCACAGGGCUGGCCAUUCAGAAAUUCUUUUGGAAAUGUAUUGUUUGCCGCUUCGGCAUACCUCAGAUCAUCGUCUCGGACAAUGGAAGACAGUUUGCCGAGAACCCCUUCAAGGCUUGGUGCCAGAACCUCAGCAUCAGACAGCAUUUCACUUCGGUAGGCCACCCUCAGGCCAAUGGUCAGGUCGAAAACUUCAACCGCACUCUCUUGCAUGGCCUCAAGAUCCGACUACACCGAGCUGGAUCAUCUUGGGUGGAGGAACUCUCCAGUGUUCUGUGGUCAUAUCGGACCACGCCGAGGUCAUCUACGCAAGAGACCCUCUUCUCCUUAACCUAUAGAGCUGAGGCGGUCAUCCCUGCUGAGAUCCUUACACCCAGUCCUCGGCUGACAGCCUAUGUAGCCGAGGUGAACGAAGAGGAGAGACAGUUGGAUCUCGACCUCGUCGACGAGAAAAGGGACAUCGCCUCAGCUCGAAUCGCUUCCUACAAGAACACUCUGGCCCACUACUACAAUGCCCGCGUCAAGCAUCGGCGAUUCCUGCCAGGAGACUUGGUGCUUAGAAAAAACUCGGUCAGCCGAGCUGAACCACAAGGGAAAUUAGGCCCGAAGUGGGAGGGCCCUUACCGAGUUGUGGAAUCCAGCCUAAGUGGCUAUUGUAAAUUAAGUUACCGAGAUGGCUCUCUAGUGCCGAGAACUUGGCACGCCGAGAAUCUCAGACUGUAUCAUGCUUGA